AUGUACCAUGCAUCACUUCAAGUUUUGAUAACUUAUCUACUUGCUUCAUCAAUUGAUGAUAUUGAAGAUCAAAUAAUUUCAAUGAUACUGUCUAAACAAUAUUCAGGAUUAGCUGCUGGAGCAUUAUGUCGUUUAGAUGCAGAAGGCAUUAUAAAAUUGCAGCCAAUAUAUGCUUAUAUGGAUGGAGAUAAAUAUAAAACUGGUUAUGGUUACUUAAAAAUGGUGUCCGAUAAUAAUGGAUCAAAUCGACGUUCAUUAAUGAGCAAACUGGCUGAGUAUGGAAUUACUGUAGUCAGUUAUUUAGAAUCUUUUAUUGAUCAAUCAAAAAUCUAG